ACUCACCACAGAAGAGAACACCGUCGUCUGCAAAAGUGCAAAAGUCGAUUUCGAGAAGAUCCUUUUUGCUGCUGCAAAAAACCGUGAAAAAAGUGCAUUCCAACCAUGGAAACCCGCUGGCUGUCGAAGGGAACCUUUCCGGGACCAGCUUUCGUUGCAGUGACGGUCAAAGAAGAGCUGCCGGAUGCCGUGGACGAAUCGGACGAGUAUCGACAUAGCGAAACCCCUACCCCCAGGAAAGAACCGAAAGCAUCGUCCCGCAAGCUGUCCAAAACAACCAGCAACACAAACACGCAUGAUUCACCAGAAGUCCUAUCGAAGCCCGUAGUCAUAAUCAAGAAACAUCGUUCCACUCAAGUCGAGCCAGAGGACCUUGACCUGGCCUUCAUCAAAGAGUCAGAUCGAGUGGAAAUGCUCACCAAAGCAUGCCCUAUUGAAUUACCGAUUGGUGAAGAUAAAACUCCACAAUGUCGCAUUUGUUUGCGCCGAGUUGCACGUGAAAAUCUCGAUAUAAUCAUGGGUCAUCACAAGAAGAAAGCCCGCGUUGCUUUCCAAAUUCGUGUCAUUCCGCAUGAUGCUUACCCAUUCAUUUGCAUCAACUGCCAGAGUCUGUUGGAUAUGUUUUUCGAGUUCAAAAAUGCUAUCAUCAAAGCUAAGAAUUUGCUCAAAUGUAAGAGAGUUCACAUGGAAAGCAGCGGCUGGGACGAUCAAGAAUCCAUUGAAUUGUUCAAAAAAUGUAAGCAAGCCAUACUGCUUCAUCGCCAGCAGAUUGACUCGCUCUACGAUGAACAUACAAAACCACAAAAAACUGAGUACGAAGAGGAGUACCUCGAUGACAAUGACAACAACAGUGGUGCAGAGGAUGGAGAUAUUAGUGAACCAAUGAUUAAACCGGAAUGCGUCAUCACUGAAACUGAAGCUCCUGCUGUUUCAGUUGACGUUACUGUUCCAGCCGAAGACACACCACGCGAAGCUGUAACAGCAAUCGUGUCCAAUCCAAAGUUGGAAAUAGAUGAUUCAGAUGCGGACGUUGAAGAAGCCGAUGAUUCGGAAGUAGAUGAAGAUUAUAAAAUCGAUGAAGACUACGAUCCCAAUCAAGAUGAUGAUUUAGCUCCUUAUCAGCAUACAAAGCGGCUCUCUAUUAAAAAAGAGAAAAAGGAGAAAGUUAAACAGAUUCCCACUGUCAAACGACAGUUGUGUGACUUGUGUGGAGAAUAUAUACGCCCAGAGUCAGUGGAAGGCCAUAGAAAUAAACAUUUGGGAAUCAAACCUUAUAUAUGUUCGGUGGAAAAAUGCGAAGUCGCAUUUUCCAGCAGGUACAAUCUGAGCAAACACAUGAAGAAGUUCCACAAGCCGGGCGGAGUAGGGGCUCAUCCUUGCAAUAUCUGUGGAAAAGUGAUCCAAGGUUCGAUUGGAGUCCUGAAGUACCACCAGAAACGACACAACAUUGACACAAAAUCAUUCAUUUGUCAAGUUUGUGGCAAAGGAUUCACCAUGAAGUGGUAUCUCACCCAACACUCGAUUAUUCACACUGGAGAAUUUCCGCAUAAGUGCAAAUAUUGUGGAAAGAGGUUUAACAACAAGUGGAGCAUGAAAACUCACGAGAAGAAUAUUCACGAAAAGAAAAAUCAGCUGCUGGUGCAACCGCAAGAAUCACCGGAGGUUCCAGCUUGGAAUCCGACACAAAUCAAUUCCAUCCCGAACCCCAUCCCAUUACCGCUUCCUCAAAUCGUUCCCCCAGUCGGUGCUCAGCAAGUGUAUGCAAUGAUUCCGGAUGAAAAUAGCGGCCAGUCGAGUGGACAGUAAUAUCCACAUACGGCACUGAUUUAACUUACUAUAUUCAUUAAUAAACGGUAACGAUGUCUUAUUUAUCAUAAAUGUUAUCCAUAAAUUAACACACAUUA